AAGCCCUGCAAGCAAAUCCGCAAAUGGAGAGGCUUAGAGCACCGCAACACUGAGGAAUGCUAUCACUAAGCAGCCGGUAAUCAAGGGCCUGCUACCACUACUGGGGACGCCAGGCACGAAGGGAGGAAAGGUUAUGUGCUGAAAUCAUACCGGUAACUGAGUGUGGAGGGAUGGGUGGACGGACGCGAUAGAAACUUCCGGAUACCCUUUCCCACCACCCUUGCGUUUAACGCUUUUUUUUUCCCCGCGGGCUUUGAGGGGCACAAUUGAAGCGACGGGGUUUGUUGAUGAUGGCGGAGCGAGGGGGAGGAAGGUUGGUUUUGGUGUGGAGGGCCAGAACGAGUGAGAGAGCAACUCAAAAUUUCCUGGAUAGAAAGGCGGGUCCCGCAAAAUGUCAUACUAGCAAACGUCAGUCCCAGGAAUGACAUAUAUAAGACCUCUCCCCUCUACUCUUCUCAUCCCAUUCUCCUCCCCACCCCGCGACGGUCUAUUUGAGAACCACCAGUAUUUUCAUCCAUUUCUUCUACACCAGCACAGCACCCUUCCCAAAUAAUAACCUUCAAACAAACAUCAACAAUGGCCCCAAAAGUCGCUAUCGUCUACUACUCCAUGUACCAGCAUAUCCGUCAGCUCGCCGAGCAGGAGGCUGAGGGUAUUAGAAAAGCUGGGGGAGAAGCCACCAUCUACCAGAUCCCCGAGACUCUCGGCCCUGAGGUCCUUAAGGCUAUGCACGCCCCUGAGAAGCCUGAUUACCCCGUCAUCACCGCCGAUGAAUUGACUAAAUACAAUGCUUUCCUGUUCGGUAUCCCUACUCGUUAUGGUAACUUCCCCGGUCAGUGGAAGGCAUUCAUCGACACCACUGGUGGUCUCUGGGCGAAGGGUGAUCUCUAUGGCAAAUACGUCGGUGUUUUCGUCUCCACUGGUACUCAGGGCGGUGGGCACGAAGUCACUGCCUUGAACGCCAUGUCUACAUUUGUCCACCAUGGAAUGAUCUUUGUUCCUUUGGGCUACAAGAACGCUUUCGGUAUACUCGCCGACGGCUCUGAGGUCCGCGGCGGUUCCCCAUGGGGUGCCGGUACCUUCGCUGGUGGUGACGGAUCUCGCCAGCCCAGCGAGAAGGAGAAGGAGCUUGCCCGCAUCCAGGGCGAAACCUUCUACCAGACUGUCUCCCGCGUCAACUUCGCUUGACUACAUGAUAGCUCCGAUGCUACGACCAAAAAAGACGCAAUAACCCCCAAACAGCCAGCUAAGAAGGAAAUUGUUCCAGGAAAAAGGCAGGAUACCGAUGAUGAGAAAACCGGCGGUCCUUGCGGACUGCCUGAUAAAUGCUCGGUUUCAUAGAUUUUCUUGAUAAUUUCUGUUUUGUUUUCCCUUUCUUUCCUCGUUUAAUGGUUGUGUUUUUUGCCCUCUUAUUGUGUUGUUGUCUUCUUUUGAAAGUGGUUUGCAUAGCGACUGUUUUUUGUCCUGUGAUGGAUGGCGGAUGAUGGAUGUUUGAAAGUAAUGGUGGUAAUGAAAGUCCAUGAUGCCUUCUGACA